UUGAUUACGGGUGCCAGUCGCGCCGCACGCGUCAUUUUGCACGCGUGCACAUACACACCUCCUUCGCGCCUCUUUUCACACGACCACGAGGAACGUGAACCAUCAUCGGCGCCAUAUAUCAAGAUCACCAUCAGAAGACUCGGCUUUGCGCUUUUCUUCGCUUUUCCCCUCGAGCACAUCGGGGAGUGGAAGAUCCGCGACGGACUCAGCCGCAGCUGCUCCUGUGGUCUUCAGUAACGCUGAUUGGCAUGUACGCGACAUAGCAAUCUCUACACUCAAAUAUCGCGAUGCACAAGACUCACGGAUUAAUUAAUAUGCUGCCAGCCGUUUGGGCAUUCGCCAUCUUAAAUCUGUUGGCCAACGUUUCAGCACAAACGACCUGCAACGGCGGUUUGGGUAGAGUUGUUUACGAGAGACUUCCGAACCAAAAUCUGCAAGGUUUCGACGAUGAUGCGGUGCGAGACUCGGCGUCUCCGUUUAGGGUUCUGGAAAAGUGUCAAGAGCUCUGUCUGCGCGACAGAACGGCGACGAACAACCUGGUCCGCCCGUGCACGAGCUUUGACUUCCACCCCGGUAGCAGAAUUGCGUCCUUCAGCGGCGCCGCCGAGUAUGAGGAGAGUACUUGCUAUUUAACGAGGGAACAGGCGCAGCCGGAGGGCGUCGGAAAUAUCAUACUCGUACCGAAUAGCGUGCACUUCACUGAAGUGUGCCUAGCGUCUGACAGAAUAGAGAGGGAAUGUCCGAACCGCCGAUACGUGUUCGAGAGGCACGCGAGGAAGAAACUAAAGCUACCUCUGACGGACAUCAAGGAAGUCAGCGCCGCUAAUAGAACUGAUUGCGAGGACAGAUGCCUGAACGAGUUCAGUUUCGUUUGUCGAUCGGCGACGUACGACACCGCCUUGAGAAGCUGUUCCCUCAGUCGUUUUACCAGGAGGACUCACCCCGAGCUGCUGGAGGACGAUCCGAAUUCCGACUAUCUGGAGAAUACCUGUCUCAAUGCGGAACGACGAUGCGACGGACUCGCGGUAUUCGUCAAAGAGGAAAACAAGCGUUUACGGGGCCCAUACGAGGUAGACAUAUACACGAAUCUCACGCUGGACGAGUGCCAGGCGUUAUGCCUGAGAGCGGAGAAGUACUUCUGUCGCAGCGUCGAGUUCGACGAGCAGACUCGACAGUGUGUCAUAUCCGAGGAAGAUUCCGUCUCGCAGAAGGAGGACAUUGGGAUCAGCAGCAGCCCCAGUCACCAUUUCUACGAUCUGGUGUGCUUAGAUAAUCAUCCGUCCUUAGCACGUGGCUCGGAAUACCCGGACAGCAGCUCGACGUCCCAUCUGUUUUCCGACGGACGCCGGCCGGACACGGCCUUCCAACGUUAUCGGAAUUCACGUCUGAGCGGUGAGUUCCACUCGGAGAUCACCGGGCGCAGUCUCAGCGAGUGCCUGGACGAGUGCCUCCGGCAGACGAGCUUCCAGUGCCGCAGCGCCGUCUACUCCGAGCACUAUCACAUCUGCCGACUAAGCCGAUUUAAUCAGCGGGAAGGAAACAGGAUCAUCUACGAUGCCGAUUACGAUUACUACGAGAAUCUCAUGCAUCAAUAUCUGGACGGCGAUCGCGAUGGCCCUGGAUACAGACCAGAUCCUUUGGGACAGGACACAAACUUUGAACGACCCUCUCUAGGAAGGCCGGGUUCCAUUUACUCGGAUGAUUACGACAAAUACCCUGGCAACGCAAAACCAGAUCGAUAUCCAGAUCGAUAUCCCGAUCGUGUCCCGGACCGUUAUCCAGAUCGUUACCCUGACCGCCAUCCAGAUCGGUAUCCAGAUCGGUAUCCAGAUCGGUAUCCAGAUCGUUAUCCCGUACCAGCUGAUAAAUAUCCAGAUAACAGAUAUCCAGGACAAUAUCCCUUAGGCGAUUCGGACAAUUAUCCAGACAGAUAUCCUCUUGGCGACCGAUAUCCCGAUAAAUAUCCCGGUGGAGAUCGGUAUCCUACUGGAGAUCGUUAUCCCAGUGGAGACCGUUAUCCCAGUGGAGACCGUUAUCCCAGUGGAGAUCGUUAUCCUAGUAGUGAUCGUUAUCCCAGUGGAGACCGUUAUCCUAGUAGUGAUCGUUAUCCCAGUGGAGACCGUUAUCCUAGUGGAGACCGUUAUCCUUUCUCAGAUCGUUAUCCAGUCGGUGAUCGUUAUCCGAUAUCCGAUCGAUAUCCUCCUCCUAGAGGUGGAGAUCGCACUCCUGCCGGCGGCAGCAGAUAUCCCGAUGCUGGGACCCUGGACAGAUAUCCUACGAAUGUCAGGUAUCCUGUCGUGAUACAUGGUGUCCGAUAUCCGUUAACACCGAGUCGAUAUCCUAUCGACGUCACCGAUCGAUAUCCUAAUAUGAUCGACCGAUAUCCUCACUCUGAUGAUUCGCUGGAUCGAUAUCCGUCGGGAUUAGGUGGCAGCAGGACUCCCGUUGACCGAUAUCCAGCUAGUGAGAGAUAUCCUGACAAGGAUCCUUACGCCAAUCGCAGGUACCCGAUACCAGGACAUGGAUACUCGCACGGAUUUAUCGAUGACGUUCGCGGUCCCCAAAGUCACGGUGGCGACCGACCUCACUACGGAGGACCUUAUGGGCCAGCUCGACCCGUCGGAGGAUAUGGAGGAUACGGGGGUGGCGACGGGGGCGGUAUAGUAGGUGGCGGGUACGUAGGCGAAGGUGGUGUCUACAACACACGUCCGUUCGGAACUGCCGGAGGGCCCAUCAUUGGCAGGCCGCCACUGAUAUCUAGGUGCGAUGAACAAGACAAUUUCAGACAAGUCGGACCUCACACUAGAGUGCGGAAGCCGUUCGUCAGACGAUACACCACCGCUUCCUCGUUGGCCCAGUGCGAGAGGCAAUGUGCGGACGCUAGAGACUUCGUCUGCAGGUCCUUCAAUUACCGGCCGUACGCCGCACCUUACGGGGCCGAGAGGGACAACUGCGAGCUCAGCGACCGGGACUCUAGGGACAUGGACAUGGGCAACCCGGUUUAUUACGACACGGGCUCCGAUUACGACUUCUACGAGAGGAACAACGGUCGCCAAGGCGCGGACGGGGAAUGUCUGGACGUGAGUCAAGUCUGUAGCGAGGACGGAAUGGAGUUCACCCUGAGGACACCGGAGGGAUUCAUCGGGCGAAUUUACACGUACGGGUACUACGAUCGAUGCUUCUUCCGCGGGAAUGGCGGGACCGUGAACGUACUCCGCAUCAGCGGACCUCAGGGAUACCCGGAGUGCGGCACACAGCGAUAUGGCGAUACGAUGACGAAUAUCGUGGUGGUACAAUUCUCGGACUACGUGCAAACUGGGCGAGAUAAACGAUUCAACCUGACGUGCCUAUUUCGAGGCCCUGGCGAAGCUGUCGUCACGUCCGGCUACAUCGGUGCCGGGUAUGCCAGAUCAGGGUCUCCCAUUCCCAUCGAAUACCUCCCAGCGGAGAACACCCUGAGUUCCAGAGUGCGUUUGCUGAUUCUCUAUCAGGGAAGACCCACGACCACCAUCGCAGUUGGCGAUCCCCUCACUUUCCGACUCGAAGCGCAGGAUGGGUACAAUUACGUGACGGAUAUAUUCGCGACCAACGUCAUCGCGAGGGACCCUUACUCCGGCAGAAGCGUGCAACUCAUCGACAGAUACGGCUGUCCGGUAGAUAACUACGUGUUCCCAGGACUAGAUCGUCUCCGUGACGGUGACAGCCUAGAGGCUCGCUUCAACGCUUUCAAAAUACCCGAAUCAAAUUUCCUGGUGUUCGAGGCGAACGUGCGAACGUGCCGCGACGGCUGCCAGCCGGCAUAUUGCUCCGGAGGUACUGGCAGAAGCGAACCUUCCUUCGGCAGACGGCGAAGGGACAUAAAUAAUGACACGGUAGCGGAUGAGGACGAAAUGUCGCCGAUAACCGUGAUGGACGGUGACGCUAACAACGCAACGAUUUUGAACACGACCGGCGUCGUGGACGAUGAGCCGGAGGACGAGGAGGAGGAAGAGCACGUCAGGGAAAUGAUCGAGGUUCUCGACUCGCGGAUGGACAUCGAGGAAGAGAGCGUGGUUGAAAAACAAACUAAGGUUUUGGAGAGUAUUUGUAUUACUCAGAACGAAUAUUACGGAUUGGUCACGGCAGUUGGAAUUCUCGUCGUUCUCUUAGCCUCUGUCGUUCUCCUCUCCAUGCUCGUUUACAGAAAAUACGUUUAUUCCGUGAUUAUGAAAAAUCGUAGACUCGAUAAGACUUGCAACCGUAGCAGCCACUCCGACGAGCCCUACAGCAGUCGAAUCAACAACUUCUCAUUCAUGAGGGCAGGUCUUCAGAAACCAUUUCAGGCCUCAUCGAUCUCGAGAUCAAUGAGCAACGCGAUCAGCCAACGUCUCGCUUCAUCAUCCACCGCUCUAGAGGGUGCAGUGGGAUUAUCAGUCAGUCGACGCAACGACUUCGACCCGAGCGAGCCGAUUUACACCGAUCCUUCGCUCUUCGAGGUAACCCGCUGCACGAACGCUGCGAAGCCGACCCUCAACGACAACUUUCAUCUUAUGUAAGACGAAGACGCUAGAUGAUUAAUCUUCAAAUUUGCAUACUUGCGAGCGAUUUGCAUUCUUUUUAUUUAUUUUAAUCAACGCGCAUAUGACGAACCCACGACAAAUCGGCAUUUACUGCAAACCAUCUUACCACUACUAGUCAAUAAUCCACUGCCAGUACUAUUGCCAAUCACGACUGCUAAGUAUUUUCAAAUGGUUAUUUAAAAUUUCCAAUAAUUUAAGUCUAUCUGUUAUCCCUUUGAAAAUAUAAUUUAAUUUGAAAUCCACGUUUAUAGCUAAACAGUUAAGAUCUUGCUUUCUAAACAUUUUUUCCCGAGGUAUCUUAAACGAAAAUAUAGACUUUUCUUCUCUUAAAUAAUUCCGCGAAAAAUAACUAGAAAAAAAUUCGUAAUAAUAUAGUAAUCUAAGUUUUAAACUAUCAAAGAUUGUAUCUCUCGUUCAAGAUGCAAGGAGGACUAGACUAAUAAUGUGUGGUAUAUCUAAUUCUUAGUUUUUCAUCUAACAUCUCUUACUAAGUCUAUCUUUAAUAUUUCUUUUUCUUUCUCUUUUUUUUUAUUUUCUUUUAAGUUCAUGGAGUAGUAGCGUAUUAUAAAAAAUGCUUGAUAUUACGAUAAUAGACGAGUUCUCUUUUGCAUAUCUUUUUACUUUACUACAAACGAGACGACCGUCUCCGGUGUACAUUGGAGCAUAAACAUCGAAACAUUUUUCCUCCCUUACUACUCCUGAAACUUUCUCAUCUGCGUCCAACAAAAGUCGCGACUUGCGCAACGUUCGCGUCUCGAGCCAGAUAAUAUCGCAUAACGCAAUAGUUAUUACUUAUUACCAAGUAAAAACGAUCAGAAAGUACGUAUUUAUUACGAUUGUAUUCUAAUCGUGCAUUUAUAAGAAGUAAAUCGACAUUACAUACAA